CUUCUACACCAAGAUUACACUUUGUGAAAAUGCUAACGAAAUACUUUAGGAACUUUUGGAAAGUUUUGUAAAUCUUGUUUGUUUAAAUUGUACGGAUCUUUGGAGGUCAAUGGAACUGGUUCGCAACAAUGGAUAGGUGUUGGUUCUUUUUGGUUGUAGAGUCGGAUCACUGUCUCAAAGUCAAAACUGUAUUCUUGAAAAACAAUAUUCCUAGAAGAUUUGAUGAUGUAGUAAAAGAUAAAUUAUCCAAUUUCUAUCUUGGAUCAUGGAUGCGGACACAUAUAAGUAUUUCAGUAUUCGUUUUGUUUCACGAGCUAGUGAGUUCUCAUUGUUAUUUACCAAAAAUAUCAUUCCAUUAUGUUGUAUGCUUCAUAGGCGUAUCUAUAUAGAACAAGGUUUUUGUUUCGUAUUUCGGUUUCUCUGAUUUGUUAUUUGUUCGAAUUUAUGUGAAGUAUAAGUUCAAAGGUCUUCUAGUGGCAACCGAUAAAACAGGAGUUUGCGACUGGUGUAUCAGAAUAAUUGCAGACUGCGUAGUCGAGUUUAUCUGAUAAGGUAUACUGUUUGUUAGCUUUUUCAAUCGAUUUCCAAACACUGGAUUUCGGCUUCGAAUCGUUCUUUUCUUUCUCAAUCUUGGGUAGUACCAGCUGUCCUUACAAUAAGCUGAAUUUUUAUCUCGGAUGAUAAAUAUCAUGGUACCGGAAUUCCUACUGGCCAGAUGGAGGCAUUAAAGUUAUGCGAAAUUGAAUUUUUAUUUAACUUAUGCAAGGUAUUGCAUUUUAUUUUUGAGUAGGCUAAAUGUAUUUUUUUGAGACUAUGCCAUAAACGAAAAUAAAUCUUUUACAAUGGAAAAGCCAGGCAGAACUUGUUUAACCAGUGCAUAGUUUAGUCUGAUAGGUCGACAUUACGUAAAGUUUUCAAAUCCUUGCUUCCUAGCUUUAUUUAUUACAGACCACUACUGGUUUAACCGCUUGUUUCAGGUUCAGAUGAUAAAGGAUAGUAGGCUGUUACAGCACUUUUAAAUCACUACAAUAUGUACCUCUAUAUAGAUUCUAUUCAUGUUUAAAAGCAUUCGCAGAUGGGAGCGAUACUAAGGAAAUCCAGUUGCUUACCACCCUAUUUGGAAACGUAAAUUCCACCUGGAUUUUGUUCGAUUGCUCUUUGAGCACGAUCUGUGAUGAGUCCUUAGAAGUGUUUUAGAAGGAGGAUUAAGGUUAAAUAUGUGAAUUCCGAACCAUCCAGAAGAUACAAUAAGCCGAAAUUAAGUUACCUUCUGUAUGAUAUUGAGAUGUUUGUUUUCUCGUCUUAAUACAAUGGAAGACAACACAUUUAUGUCGUUCUAUGAUCGUGGAGCUUUUUAAACUACUUAAUUCUAUUGUUUACAGUAUCCUGUGAAAGAAGCGUCAGCUGUUCAUGUGGAUCAAGAUGGAAUAUCACAGGACUUUGUUUCAGCCUUACAAAAAAUGGACCUUGAAGAUUCUUUGGAGGAAGCGCAUCUGCUUUUUCAGGCCAACCAACUUCCCCUGUCAACUUUCACAUCAGUUGUCUCUGAAGCACCAACUAGAUCACAUUCACUAACUCACUUUAGGCCAGGAACUUCAUCGUCUCCUGAAACUUACGACAUAGGAACAACCGAGGAAUCAGAUCUUCCUAUCAGUAUUGUUCCUAGUCCUCUAACACUCGUUACGGGUUUUCCACCUAUGUCUCCAACGGAUUCUUGGGGUGAGCCAAAUAACAGAGAUUCAGCUGAUGUCCAGUCAGUCGCGUUGCAGUCUCUCAACCUGGAAUCAAGUGUCGAACAAACUGCUUCACAGUUACCAAGUAAAGCUGACCUUCAGGUCUCUUCAGUAGAGUUGGUCCAUACUGGAGAUGUACCUGUCAAGGAGACUGAUGUAAACUUAUCAACUCACUCUUCGGUGGUGGUAGAACAAUCCUCUUCUAUUCUUAGCGAAAAUACAAGUUUGAAUCACCAGGCUUCAGGAUCUUCAACAAACACAUCCCAAGGUCUUACCCGAAGUUGUUUAGUUUUGGAUGUACCCACCAAAUUUCCUCAACCGUUAGCAGAUAUACACCAAGUUGAUCAUAAUUCAUGGCUCCCAACCGUGAGGACACAAUCAGAAAAUGUGCAUAAAAAGUCAAGUUUUCGAUUAUGCAGUGGAAGUUCAAGCAGUUUAGAUGACGCGGACUAUUAUGAAUCUGUUGAUAAUAGAAAAGAAUUUAAUAAUGUUUUGCAGUGCAGCUCAAGCUCUGAUUCCGAACUAGAAUACAAGUUUGAUCGGCAGUAUUCGAUGAAGUACAAUAAUCUUAAAAGUUCUAAAAGUUUAAAAUCUGUUAAUACACCUAAAUUUUUGUCCACAAAAAGAGUUGUCCAUCCAAGAAUGGAACAUAAAAGGUUCAGAUCAGAAUACAUCAAUAGAUUUCUGAACAAAGAUUCAUACAUCGCCUCUUCAAUCCCAUGCGAUUCAAACUUAUGUAACAUGCCCGAGUUAAAAGACAAAGUUCAUGAAAAAAACUCAUCGUCAACGUGUUCCAGCUCAGUUAUCAGCAAAAGAUCAGACCGGCAUAUUCGUGAUAUUGAUGUACUUGAGGUUACUGGAGUUCCUUUUUCGUAUGAAGAUAUUGUAUAUUCAACAAAUGAACAAUUUCGUCAACUAAGAGCAACUCCUGGUUUGACCGAAGAACAGUUAACAGCUAUGUCAGAUGCACGUAGACGAGCUACUAACCGUCAAGCAGCUGAACGGUGUCGACGCUCCAAAGUUGCUGUUCGAGAUGAAUUAGCAGAGCGCUUGGCUGAACUUCGCUUACAAAGACAGGCACUCAACAAGCGUUUGAUCAAGGCUCGUCAACGCAGACAAGAAGCAAGGGAUACACUUACUGAAGAGCAAAACCGUCUAUUGCACAUGUUGCAUGAUUCUAAUGGUUGCACGUUGAAACCUUCAGAUUGGCGCGUCCACCUAACUGCAGAAGAUGAAAUCGUUGUUGUAUCAGUUGGGCAAUAAGUACGGACAAGCUGUUUCCAGCUUCUCAAACUUGAUGCAUCCGUCUUUCACUGUUCUCAUUGUUCGCACGUACACUGUAAAUAUUCUAAACCUUGUAUUUCAAUAAGAACACACUUAAAAACUA